UGAUCAUCUAAACUGAAAAUUUUCAAAGGUACCAAAAUGAAAGCAACAUAAACUUUAAGGGUGAAAAAUGCAAUUUAGUCUUUAGCUUCCUUGUCAUCUGCUUUUUUAUAAGUCGCUUUCCCGCCAAAUAUUGUGAAGGACCCAGUUUCAAUGGAAGUACCUGUGAGUGCAACUCUUCUAAGCCUCAAAAACCAAAACCAUUCAAAGGAACGUUGGAAUUCAAUCAUAAAGCACCACACUAAGCUCAAAGAUGACCAUGCAAUCCUCACUACUUAUACCCAAAUGGCAUCUCUCGGUAUAGCUCCUGAUAAUGCCACUUUGCCUCUUGUUCUCAAGGCGUGUGCGAGGUUGAGCGCCGUCGAGAGUGGCAAGAACAUACAUUCUAGCAUUCUGGGUACGAGUUUGAUCGGGGAUGUUCGAGUUGGGACGGCUCUGGUUGAUUUCUACUGUAAAUGCGGGUUGAUUGAAGAGGCGCGUAAAGUGUUUGAUGAAAUGCCUGUGAGAGAUGUGGUUUCGUGGAACGCAUUGAUUUCAGGGUAUGUGGGGUGUUCUUAUCAUGAGGAGGCGGUUUUGUUGUUUAGGGAGAUGGAAAGUGAGGGUUUUAAGGCUAAUUCGCGCACUGUGGUGGCGUUGCUUUUGGCUUGCGAGGAUGGUUUGGAAAUUACACUAGGGAAGGAGAUACAUGGGUAUUGUUUGAGGAAUGGAUUGUUUGAUUUGGAUCCUCAUGUGGGUACUGCUUUGAUUGGGUUUUAUUUGAAAUUUGAUGUGAGAAUUUCUCGUCUUGUGUUUGAUUUGAUGAUUGUGAGGAGCAUAGUGAGCUGGAAUGCAAUGAUUAAUGGUUAUGUUGAUGUUGGGAAUUGCUUGGAAGCUUUAAAUCUUUUUCUGUCAAUGCUUGAGAAUGGGGUUCAUUUUGAUUCUGUUACAAUGUUGGUUGUUAUCCAAGCCUGUGCAGAAUUUGAGUCUCUCCAAUUGGGUAUGCAAAUCCAUCAAAUGGCUAUCAAAUUGAACUAUGUUGGUGAUUUGUUCAUUGUAAAUGCAUUGCUUAAUAUGUACAGUGAAAAUGGUAGCCUAGCGUCAUCCUGUGCGUUGUUUGAUACCAUCCCUACAUGUGAUGUUGCUUUGUGGAAUUCUAUGAUAUCUGCAUAUAUUGACUUUGGCUGUUAUGAGGAAGCCCUAAGUUUGUUUAUUAGUAUGAAAAACAAAGGCCUCAAGGAAGAUGAAAGAACUAUUUCUAUCAUGCUGUCCACAUGUGCCAAGUUUGCUGAUGGCUUGAGAAUGGGUAAAAGUUUACAUGCUCAUGCAAUCAAGUGCAGGAUGAAGAUGGAUGUUUCUCUGGGAAAUGCAUUGCUAAGCAUGUAUGCAGAGCUAAAUUGUGUUGAAGCUGCACAAAAGGUUUUUGCUGAUUUGAGAAGUUUAAAUGUAAUAUCGUGGAACACUAUGAUCUUGGCAUUGGCUCAUAGCAAAAUGAGGAGUGAAGCGUGGCAACUCUUUGGGGUCAUGCGAAAGUCAGAAUUCAAACCCAACACAUACACAAUAAUAUCUAUUCUUGCCACUUGUGAAGAUGAAACUUGUCUUAAUGUUGGGCGAUCAAUUCAUGGCUUUGUGGUAAAACAGGGUAUUGAAGUAAACUUAUCUUUGAACACCAUACUUACAGAUAUGUACAUGAACUGCGGUGAUGAAGCAUCAGCUAGGACUUUAUUUGAGUCCUGUACAAAUAGAGAUUUGAUCUCAUGGAAUUCUAUUAUUGCCAACUAUAUCAAUGACAACCAAGUUCAUGAAGCUUUGUUACUAUUUAAUCGCAUGAUUUCUGAAGUGGAGCCAAACCCUGUGACGAUUAUAAAUGUUCUCUCAUCAUGUACAGACCUUGCAAAUCUUCCUCAAGGCCAAUGCUUGCAUGCUUAUGUAAUUAGAAGGCUUUCCUAUCUUGGUUUCAAUCUGUCUCUUGCAAACGCUUUUAUAACAAUGUAUGCAAGAUGUGGUAGUAUGCAAAAUGCUAAAAUGAUCUUUGACACUUUGCCUAGGAGAAAUAUUAUCUCGUGGAAUGCCAUGAUUACUGGCUAUCAUAUGCAUGGUCAGGGAUAUGAUGCUAUACUUGCCUUCUUACAAAUGUUAGAAGAAGGUUACCAACCAAAUGGAGUAACAUUUUUAUCUGUUAUGUCUGCCUGCAGCCAUUCAGGUUUGCUAGAGAAGGGAUUGGAGCUUUUUCAAUCCAUGAUUCAGGAUUUUAAUAUAACACCUGAGCUUGCUCACUAUGGUUGUGUGGUUGAUCUGCUUGGUCGUGGAGGACGUUUAGAUGAAGCUAGAGAGUUUAUCAAAUCAAUGCCGAUCGAACCAGAUGCAUCAGUUUGGAGAGCUUUGCUCAGUGCCUGUCGAGUUAAUUACAGCACUAAGCUAGCUGAAAUUUUUUUUGAAAAACUUGUUGAAUUAGAACCUAUGAAUCCAGGGAAUUAUGUUUUGCUAUCUAACAUCUAUGCUGCGGCAGGACAUUGGUUGGAAGUUAGACAAAUAAGAACAUGGCUUAAAGAGAAGGGUUUAAAUAAGCCUCCAGGAAUUAGUUGGAUUGUUGUUAGAAGUCAGGUCCACUAUUUUACUGCUGGAGACAUGUCACACCUUCAAUCAGACAAAAUUUAUGCAAAUUUAAAUUCUUUGUUGUCCACAAUCAAAGAAAAUGGAUAUGCUCCUGAUCUUAGUUGGAUUUCACAUGAUGAAGGUGAAUAUGGUUGAAAGCUGGAGGCAGUUCAGCCAUAGUGAGAAGCUUUGUUUUGCAUUUGUACUGAUCAGUUUGAGCGUUCUGCCCCAUAUUAUGAUUACUAAGACCUCAAGGCUUUUUGUUGAUUGCCACAAAUUGGGUGAAUGUGGAGUUUGAUACUGUUGGGAACUUAGAACAUAGAACACUUUCAUUUGUUAAGGGUCCCUGCUCAUGCAAGGAAUAUCACUGGAACUUGAUAUUCAAUGAACAAGUUUCUGAUACAGGAAAUCUGACUUGAUACUAUAUGAACACUGGUAGUCACAUAUGGAACUGUAUAGUUGUGCAUUUAUGAUGGUAGUGUGUGAAAAU